UUUGAAACGGCCAAGCGGAACUGCUUUGUGUUACUUUCGCUUGUGACGCUUCAAUAGGCAACAUUACUGAUGGUUGCAACGGCAUUGUUAACUGGUAAAUGAGAGACACUUCUAAAGACGUAUUUUUAACGACACAGGUGUGAGUCACUCAGCUUUUCACUUUGAAACGAGAUGUUUGGCUUCCAUAAGCCGAAGAUGUACCGGAGCAUAGAUGGCUGCUGCAUCUGCAGAGCCAAGUCAUCCAGCUCCCGCUUCACUGACAGCAAACGCUACGAGAUGGACUUCAAGAGCUGCUUUGGUUUGGGUGAGGUCCGCUGUGGGGACAUCUGUAACGCCUGUGUCCUCCUGGUGAAGAGAUGGAAAAAGCUUCCGGCUGGAUCCAAGAAGAACUGGAAUCACGUAGUCGAUGCAAAAGCUGGGUCGAGCAUGAAGGCCACACUGAGGACAAAGAAGAUGAAGAAGAAGCUGAGGCCGAGUCAAAUUAGCCGGGUGCAGAGUGAGCUGAAGAAAAACAACUCCGAUGCCCACAGCACAACUUCCAGUGCCUCACCAGCUCAGUCGCCCAGCUACAGCAACCAAUCAGAUGAGGGCUCGGACACAGAGCUUUCACCUGGCCCAGCCUCAUCCCAGGCCUUCUCCUUUUUGGACCUCACCUACUGGAAAAGGCAGAAGGUGUGCUGUGGGAUUGUGUACAAAGGACGCUACGGAGAAGUCAUCAUUGACCCCCACCUGUACAAGCCCUGCUGUCAGAGGAAGCCGAAACUGCACCAGCAACAGGAAGAGGGUGGGGAGAUGGAGGAGGAGGAGGAGGAGGGAGACAAAGAGCAGGCAGGGGGACAUGGGGCAGUGAGCAUGUCCCCAUGCCCCAUACCCAAACCAGAGGAGGAGAUGGAGGAGAAAGAGCAGCAAGGUGAAGCACGGUGAUAGCAGCUCAGGGUUGGUAUAGUCCUCCUCAAUGGACAGACUAACAGACACUGUCUUAUGGCGUUCAGCCAAAUGUACAGUAACACAAAUGGUCCAAACAAGCCUCACUGUACUUUUUUUCAUUUUUUACAAGCUGCUACAACCCUUCCAGACUUCGUAUAUAUAUCUCUGAUACCACUUGGACUGGAUCCUUGGACUGGUUCUAUGCUCAGUAUCUUGGUUUGCUAUGAGAUUCUGUCUUUUUGUAAAUACUUUGUUUUGCUCUCUGUCUGAAAUGCUGGAUCAUGAAUGCUGCACGGUAACCUGGAGACCUCUGGAAUUCACCCUUUACUCUAAGGAUGGAGCCAUAAAUUAGAAAACAGCCUCCUACUCUUUGCCUUUCCCUGUCUUGAUUCAACAAACUCGCUCUCAAGUGUUGCUCUGUUAGAUAUUUCUACUUUUUUCAAGAGUGAUUCAGUCUUACGUCUCUUAACAGUUAUCACUUUGCAGAGGCAAGUAAAGACCGCAAUGCCACCAACUUCUUUAAACCUGCAUGGGUUUUGGAAGCCAGUUACAAUAAUGAAUAUUCUCACACCCAUGUUGACCACAACCUGUAUGUGGUAUAAGACUGACAGACUGGUUAGACUGGGAAAUGGCACAGCAAAAGUCAUUCAUGUAUUUUCCAAAAAAAAAAAAAAAAAGUGCUGGGAUCAAAGCAGCUUUGGUGAAAUCCCAUGUAGUCAUUGAACUAACCUGUAGAAAUAAUGUUAAAUUCAUUUGUGGCACCUCCACUGUCUCAAAAAGUGUCACGCCAGUCUAUCUCAACUAUAUCUGUGCACUUUGCAGACCGGACGAACAGCCUUACCAUUUGUCCACGACGACUCUAAUUAUGGAGCUGAAUUCAAACGUCUUGAGUGCUUUUCUGGCUCAGAUGGUUUGGUGACAUGAUUGUGAGGUCACAUGGCUCGCUGGUAGCCUAUUUUACUGAUUGGUCAAUAAGGCGAACAGCGAGUCAGACGUAUUUUGAAGGAACAUCUUCCACAGCCUGUUGCACAUUAUAUACACCAUGAGCAGUGUUCAAACAGCAGUUCAAAUUUCACAUCUGUUCAAGAUACAUCCUGUAUUUGUACCAGAACUCCUGUCUCGCUGCUGUAAAUCGUGCUACGUCUCUUUUGUGGAUCAGUUCAGACCCUGGAGGACGACAGUUAAAAUUGGACAUAUUUCAUAGACACCGAUUGCAAACAUUCAAGUGAAAUGAACAGCUUUCAGUCCCAAGAUGUUGCUGUUAUUAAUUCUGUUGUGUCCACACUUCAGAGGUGUCGAUGGGUCCUCUUUUUAAAGACGGAGAAACUUAUUCUGUUGCAGGCUUGCCAGUUAUCAUGUGACGCACUCCUCACAGUCAUAAAUGCCAAUUUGAAAUAUCAGCAGUAAAACCAGAUUGGAGUAAUAUAUACAUUUUUAAAGCUAAUACUGGCUGGUACAGAAUACUAGUUGGGAGCAUGUUUACCAAAAAGCCUCGGAAGUUAAGUUGGCAAAUGAUGAAAGACGGUUAAGAAAAAAUCUUUUUGUGACAAGGGACAGAUUCAUGGUGUGAAUACAGUACUUACAAAGCACAAACAAAUAUUCAGGGAGUCGAUCAGCUCUCUGCAGCAGUCUGCAUGCAGCUCUUAUAUGAACCGUUAUAAGCUAAAUAAAGCCUCAGGAAGACUGUGGCAUCAACACAGAGUGUAACGAUACAAGGCACUUAAUACUACUGUUGUUGCCACCUUUCAGCAGCUUAUCUUGUUAUGUCGGAACACAGUUGGGAACUACUUAUAAUCUAACGAUGUUGUAAAAUAAGCCGUUUAUCCGCAGACCAGAGAAAGCUGUGAGGAUUUGCCCUUUGGUUGUUCAUAGUUUUAGUUUCCUUUUGUUUGAGUUUGAGGCCUUCAGAGGAAUGUUUAAUGUUAUGUUUGCUGUUUUGCAGAACCCACUUCACUCCGAGCUGUUGAGUAUUUUGCAUGAGCUUUCCACACCUCAUUUUUUUUUGGGGGGGGGGGUAAAUUUGCCUUGUUGAUGUGAUGUUAUACAGCUUGAAUAUAUUUUUGUAUAUAAAUUAAUAAAUGGAAACCAGCAUCUGUCUAGUUACACUUUUGAUGUCCUCCAUUUGAACCAUGUUGUGUAACUUUCAUUAAACUGCAGAAUGGAAAUUUCAGGUGAUUCAUAACCUACAGGUGUGUCCAGUGAGAUUUCAGGGAUAGCGGACACACCUUUUCUUUGGCUUCUUUAGUUUUUGUUUUAAAAUGAUUUGUUUCUGUUGUUAGUUUUUGAAGAUAGUCAGUGCUUCCAGGUGCGUGCUCUUCUCUGAAAUGUAGUAUCUCCUACCAAAAGGUGACAUUUCAGUUUCAGGUAUGCCAGAAAACACGUGCUCACUGCCAGUAACUGCAUAGCUUUCAUUGGACUGUAAAUGCUGCUUUCCAGUUGUUUAGUUGUCGAGGAGUAGUAUAGAAGCUGAGUCAUUUACUUCACUUAGUUAAGUGGCUUUUGUAACCAACCAGAGCUUUACUAUCGGUACUGAACCUUGUUUUUGCAUCUUACACUUUUCCUCUUUAAGUGUUGCUUCAGAUUUGUCUAUAUGUCUAUUUAUUAACUUAUCCUUAAAAUAUUUUAUUUUCACUACACUGAACUUAACCGCUCUCUGUGGACAUGAAUACAUUUCAGGAUGUCUGUACGAUGCUGCCAUGUAAACUGAAUACAGUGGAAAUGAUUGUAUUAAAACUCUACUUUUGUUCUUUAAACAUUGUAUUUAACGGUUCCAGCUUCGAGAGAUUCUUGUACUCCUGAUAUUUUGAGUAGAGAUGCAACAUGGAUGUAGAUUUUUUUUUUUGUCUUUAGUUUCAUAAGCAUGUGAUGUAGGUGUGCACUUAACCUAGGGAAGAUAUUUUAGUCGUCUCUGUCUAUAUAUUGUAUGGGUAUUUUGAAGAGAGAGAUGCACUACUGUUCAUUCCUAAAAGCAAAGUUUGUAUUUUUAUACACACUUGUAAUUUCUACUUGUUCAUUAAAUGUCAUUUGCCAUGUU